AAUGUCUUAAAAAAUUCAGACGCUUCCCAUGUAAUACGACGUAGUUGUUCCCACGACUUCCCAAAACCCCGCCAAAUCAACGGACUAGCAAACUAUAUAAAUCUCUCCAAUUCCCUUGAGACUUGCUCCAUCCCAAACGACAUCUCUUCCUAUCUAACACAAACAAGAAACUGUCUCAUCUCCGACAGGGAAGGAUGGCUUACACCAAGCUCACCAUCAUGCUGUCCUCCCUCAUCCUCCUCCAACUGGCUUCGAUCUCCUCCGCGUCGGCGGCCGAAGAGAACGCCCACAACAAAACCGUCAUCCCCAGGGCCACGGAAGUCGUCGUGGAGGGCAUGGUCUACUGCCAGAGCUGCAAGUACUUCGGCACGUGGUCCCUGGCCGAGGCGAAGCCCAUCGGCGCGGCCAAGGUCAGCGUCGUCUGCAAGAACUACAAGAACCGCGUCACCUACUACAAGACCUUCCAGACCACGGAGGGCGGCUACUUCUACGCCGAGCUCAAGGGCUUCGAGAUGAGCCACCCCAUCCUGGACCACCCGCUCCACGCUUGCGGCAUCAAGCUCGUCUCGUCGCCCCUGGAGGGAUGCAACCUCUUGUCCAACAUCAACUACGGGAUGUACGGGGCCCCGCUCCGCUACGAGGACAAGAGGCUGAGCGGGAAGGAGUACGAGGCGGUCGUCUACGCCGCGGGGCCGCUGGCUUUCCGCCCCUCGUACUGCCCUCCGGAAGGGACGCGCGCUUAAUCAAUUAAUGAGUCGGUUUUUCUCAGGGAGUUCGAUCAUUAGCUCGUCUCUCUUUAUUCUCUAAUUAGCCUUUUGACUUGUGGUGAAGAUGCAACGAAGUGUGUUUCUGAGAUGUGUCCCAAGGCGUUCUGUUUUGUUCUUUUUCGGCUGCUGUAUUACUGAAGCGAACCA